AUGAGGCACUUUGUUGGCUUCAAGAUCGACAAUCAACUCAUCACAUCAUUGGUGGAGAGAUGGUGCAAGGAGACACACAACUUCAACUUUCGUGAAGGAGAGUGUACCAUCACAUUGAAGGACAUCGCCAUCCUAACGCAUUUGCCCAUCGAUGGAGAUGUGAUAAUUGUGAACGAUUAUCCACCACCUUCAUAUGAUGAGAAUCUGAACCGUUGGCAAUAUUUUCUCUAG